CCCCGCUCGCCGUCACACAGUCAAAAUGGGCAAGCUCACGUCCACGAUCGGCAUCCCGAUCAAGCUCCUCAACGAAGCGCAGGGCCAUGUCGUGACGAUUGAGAUCACAUCUGGAGUCGUCUACCGGGGGAAGCUUUUGGAAGCCGAGGACAACAUGAACGUUCAGCUCAAGGACAUCACCGUCACCGCUCGCGAUGGGCGUGUUUCCCAUCUCGACCAGGUCUACAUUCGCGGCAGCCACGUGCGAUUCUUCAUUGUGCCUGACAUGCUCCGUAAUGCUCCCAUGUUCCGUACACGAGGCCAGCGCGGGCGCGGUGUCGGUUUGGCGCGUGGUAAGGCUACGGUGCAGCGUGCGCGUGGCCAGCAACGCGGCCGGGGUUAA